GUAGCCGUUUUAAGCCGAAGCGCAGAAAUCAAAUUCCAACAUCCUGCAAACCUCACAAAUCACAAGCCCUAACCCCCCACCGGUAGCUUCUCUCGUUUAUUACAGCCGCUCUUCAUCUUCUCGCCAGCGAUCUCAGUUUCAAUGAUUUACACAGCGAUUGAUAACUUCUAUUUAACUGAUGAUGAGCUACAAAACUCCCCGUCAAGGAAAGAUGGAAUCGAUGAGGCUACGGAGACAACUCUUAGGAUCUAUGGCUGUGAUCUUAUCCAAGAGAGCGGCAUUUUACUCAAACUACCUCAAGCUGUGAUGGCUACCGGUCAAGUUUUAUUCCACCGAUUCUAUUGCAAGAAGUCAUUUGCCCGUUUCAAUGUCAAGAAAGUUGCUGCUAGCUGUGUAUGGCUUGCAUCUAAACUCGAGGAAAGCCCUAGGAAAUCAAGGCAAGUCAUCAUUGUUUUCCACAGAAUGGAGUGCAGGAGGGAAAACUUACCCUUAGAGUUUUUGGACCUGAAUUCAAAGAAGUUUGCAGAGUUGAAGAUUGAGUUGAGCAAAACAGAGAGGCAUAUAUUGAAGGAAAUGGGUUUUGUUUGUCAUGUUGAGCAUCCCCACAAAUUCAUUUCAAACUACCUAAUGACCCUUGGAACACCCCAAGAAUUAAGACAAGAAGCAUGGAACUUGGCUAAUGAUAGUUUGCGGACAACUUUGUGUGUUCGUUUCAAGAGUGCAGUUGUGGCUUGCGGUGUUGUAUAUGCUGCAGCUCGUAGAUUUCAAGUACCUCUUCCUGAGAAUCCACCAUGGUGGAAAGCAUUUGAUGCAGAGAAAUCUGGGAUUGAUGAAGUUUGUAGAGUUUUGGCUCACCUAUAUAGCCUUCCUAAGGCACAGUAUGUAUCAGUCUGCAAGGAUGGAGAUUUUUCUUUUUCGAACAAGUCUUCAGAUUCCCAAUUGCAGCUGAUUUCAAAGGAAAUUCCACGGGCUACUAGCCUGCCAGCUAAUAAUAAUUCAACUGAACCAAAGGCAGCUCCAAGUGGUGUUAAUGCUGAAUCUGGCGGAUCCAAGGACAUAACAAAAGUUGCCUUAGACAAGCUGAAGGAAUCUAAAAAAACAGAUGAUGAAUCCAAGCCCGCUGAGGGAGAAGCAAGAGAAGAGCUCAUUCCAAGAUCAAAGUCUGAUCACAGAACAGAAGCGAGUGGUGACAAGAGCAAGGAACGGGACAGGGACAGGGACAGGGAGGGGGAAAGAGAGAGGGAUAGAAUAAAGGCCCAGGAUCGUGAUAGGGGCAGAGAUUCUGACCGGGAAAGAGAGCGUGAUGAAAUUGAAAGAGACAGGGAUAGGGCUAAGGAUCGAGGUCGUCAUCGUUCAAAGGAUAGAGGAAGAGAGUCAGGACACUCGGAGAAAUCAAGGCAUCACUCCUCACGUGACCGUGACUACCACAGUUCCUCCUAUUCAUCAAGGGAGAAGGACCGGCAUAGGCACCACUCAUAUGCUUGAACUGGCCAUUGGAAUGUGCGCACACUUCCUUUUUAGAGAUGUAGCAGCAGGGAUUGCCAGUACAGUACUUGUAUAUUAAUUUUUUUUUUGAGGUGUUAUAACAUAUCCUGUCUGUCCCAUUGCAACAUGACAGAGGAGCAAGAAAACACCAUCAUGUUUACAGUUAAAUUGAGAUCUAAAACAUAAGAGUUCCAUAAUGCUAGUUC